CCAUAUUGACUACCUCUUCUUCGGUUGUGGGAGACUGGCGGAGGAGUCUCCUCCAGGGGAAGCUUGUAACACUACACACUCUGAGCGCGCUCCGCGUCCUGUAAACAGCGCUGAGGACGGGAAGGUGAAACGCUCUAUUUUUACUUCGCUGUGGAUAUAUAAAGUACUGCCAGCUGGAGGAGGUGACAGUUGGACGCAUCUCCAGCGCAGCCAGGCGUUAGAGGCGCUUGUGCCCCAGAGAGAGACAGGAAGACGGAGGACGACUUCUUUCUGUUUCAUCAGCAACAAGGGACGGGCGGAGAGAGGAGAAAGAUGCCCAAACCGAUAAAUGUGCGCGUCACCACCAUGGACGCUGAGCUGGAGUUUGCCAUCCAGCCGAACACAACAGGCAAGCAGCUUUUUGACCAGGUGGUGAAGACGGUGGGUCUGAGGGAGGUCUGGUUCUUUGGCCUACAGUACACAGACAGCAAAGGCUACAUAACAUGGCUGAAACUCAACAAAAAGGUGACCCAGCAGGAUGUGAAGAAGGAAAAUCCCCUUCAGUUCAAGUUCAGAGCAAAGUUCUUUCCAGAGGAUGUUUCUGAGGAACUCAUCCAGGAGAUCACGCAGAAACUCUUCUUCCUGCAGGUGAAAGAGGCCAUUCUUAAUGAUGAGAACUACUGUCCCCCAGAGACAGCCGUCCUGCUGGCGUCCUACGCUGUCCAGGCCAAAUAUGGAGAUUACAACAAAGAUGUUCACAAGCCUGGAUACCUGGCAUCAGACCGCCUACUACCACAGAGAGUCCUGGAGCAGCACAAGUUGACAAAGGAGCAGUGGGAGGACAGAAUACAAACCUGGCACGAGGAGCACAGGAGCAUGCUCAGGGAGGACGCUAUGAUGGAAUACCUGAAGAUUGCUCAAGACCUGGAGAUGUACGGAGUCAACUAUUUUGAAAUUAAAAACAAGAAGGGCACAGAGCUGUGGCUGGGGGUCGACGCCUUGGGGCUCAACAUUUAUGAACACGAAGACAAGUUAUCACCAAAGAUCGGCUUCCCGUGGAGCGAGAUCAGGAACAUUUCCUUCAAUGACAAGAAAUUUGUCAUCAAGCCCAUCGACAAGAAAGCUCCAGACUUUGUGUUUUAUGCCCCUCGGUUACGGAUCAACAAGCGCAUCCUGGCAUUAUGUAUGGGAAACCAUGAGUUAUACAUGAGGAGGAGGAAGCCAGAUACCAUUGAGGUGCAGCAGAUGAAGGCUCAGGCCAGAGAGGAGAAGCACCACAAACAGAUGGAGAGAGCACAACUGGAGAAUGAGAAGAAAAAGCGUGAGUUUGCAGAGAAAGAGAAGGAGCGAAUAGAGCGAGAGAAAGAUGAGCUGAUCGAGAGGCUGAGGCAGAUCGAAGAGCAGACACAAAGAGCUCAGAAAGAGCUGGAGGAGCAGACUCGCAAGGCGCUGGAACUGGAGCAGGAAAGAAAGCGGGCAAAGGAGGAAGCAGAGCGACUGGAGAAGGAGAGGCAGGCAGCAGAGGAGGCCAAGGCAGCGCUGGCUCAGCAGGCGGCAGACCAGAUGAAGAACCAGGAGCAGCUGGCCGCUGAGUUAGCCGAGUUCACGGCCAAAAUUGCUCUGCUUGAGGAGGCGAAGAGGAAAAAAGACGAGGAAGCAACAGAAUGGCAACACAAAGCUCUGUCGGCACAAGACGAUCUGGAGAAGACGAGGGAAGAGCUGAAGACGGCCAUGACGUCUCCGCCAGCGCCUGAGCACGAUGAAGAAGAUGAAACGAAUGCAGAGGCGAGCGCAGAGCUUCUCAGCGACGGUGUCACCAGCCACCGCAGCGAAGAGGAGCGAAUCACUGAGGCGCAGAAAAACGAACGUGUCAAGAAACAGCUGCAGGCUCUGAGCUCUGAGUUGGCCGAGGCUCGGGACGAUACCAAGAAAACCCAGAACGACAUGCUGCACGCGGAGAACGUCAGAGCAGGCAGAGACAAGUACAAAACCCUACGGCAGAUCCGCCAAGGCAACACCAAGCAGCGGAUUGAUGAGUUUGAGUCCAUGUGAGCGAGAAGAAAACAUGGACAUGAAGCUGAAAAGAGACUAUUUAGUCUCAAUGCCAUGUCAGCGCCUCACUUUACUUGUAAAAGCCUAAAACCUGCUGCCACUCCAGGACGUCCUGCUUUUUGUUUUGUUUUGUUUUUCUACCCAGGAGAAAGACCAGCUAUGGGGCUCUGUAGCUUCAGCCUCGCCAAAGCUCUGCCUGGCAGCAGUUGGCCAGUCGCACUGCUUUCUGCUCUUUGAGAUCUCAGCUCUCAGCCCAAAAAUAAAAGCACAUGUUUUCUAAUUGGGCUGAUAAAGGCAAGCAACCUUUCCUGCUUCCUUGUACAUUACUGGCAGUUUUAAAGCUUGCAUGUAUAAUAGUUAACAAUAACAAGAUCCUUUGACAAAACUUGAGACUGGACAGAAACUGAGACUGGUUGUGCUUUUACUCAAAACCUAAUGGCCAUUUGUAGCUUUAGCUUGUUGUUGAUGGCGGCACGCUUGAUUAUAUUUACUUUAUUUUCAUUUCUGUUGUCAUGAGCUAAACAAUUUAAAUACUUUUUUUAUGGCCUUAUUUGUCUUGUUUCUUUUCUGUCUGCCAGUGUCGUCCUAUUAUUAUUAUUCUUUUUUUUUUUUUUUGUCUUUGGGACAGUUCGGCUAUCUGUUAUAUUAGUUCAUUUACGUCCCUGAAUAAUGAUCAGUUUGCAAAUGCUCACACUGCAAGUUGUGAGCAAAUGGAUGCAAACCAGAUCUUUUUACUUUGCAUUCUUUGUUUCCAUUGAGAAAUUUGGUUAAUAAUAUUUUUCCCUACAAUAAAAAAUGAAUUUAUAUUUCCAAACAUGCAGCUAAGAGUUUCGUCCUAAAAUACUGAUUAAGCCAUAUAUUUUGACACAGAGUUUAAAAUGCACAACGUUGAUAUAAAACUAAGACUAAGCCUGUAUUUGCUAUCUAAAGUUUAUUUGUCAUUAAUGAAUUUCUGUUGAUGAAUUAUCUGUCUGCACAUUGGUCUGAUACAGCAACAAAACAACCUACUGAGAUUUUUUUUUUAAUAAAAUGGGAAGAUAUUCA